AUGUGUGGUAUCAUCGCUCUCAUCCAGGCGAACCCGUCGUCCUCCGCCGCCGUUGACCUUCACGAGGCGCUGUACCUUCUUCAGCACCGGGGUCAAGAUGCUGCCGGUAUUGCAACCUGCGCAGCAGGGGGCCGUAUUUACCAGCUGAAGUCGAACGGUAUGGCUGCCAAGGUUUUCCAAGAUGGUGCUAGGGUGGCAGAUCUUCCGGGUCCUAUGGGUAUCGGCCAUCUGCGGUAUCCCACUGCUGGCAGUAGUGCCAACGCUGAGGCUCAGCCAUUCUAUGUCAAUAGUCCGUAUGGCAUUUGCUUGGCCCACAAUGGCAACCUAAUCAAUGCGCCCGAGUUGAAGAGGUAUCUGGACCUCGAGGCUCAUCGUCAUAUCAACACGGAUAGCGACAGCGAGUUGAUGCUGAACAUCUUCGCUGAUGAGCUGAGCGAGACCAAAAAGGCACGGGUCAACAGGGAAGACCUCUUUGCUAGUCUCACCAGGAUGUAUGAGCGGUGCGAAGGUGGUUGGUCCUGUACCGCCAUGUUGGCAGGAUUCGGUGUUUUGGGCUUCCGUGAUUCUUACGGUAUCCGUCCUUUGGUCCUUGGCUCCAGAACCGCACUCGACGGCUCUGGCACGGACUACAUGAUGGCUUCCGAGUCUGUGGCUCUACACCAGCUUGGUUUCACAAAUAUCCGAGAUAUUCAGCCUGGUGAGGCAGUCAUCAUUGAAAAGGGUGGUGAACCUGUCUUCCGCCAAGUGGCUCCAAAGAAGGCAUACGCCCCAGAUAUCUUCGAAUACGUCUACUUCGCACGGCCUGACUCGGUAAUUGAUGGUAUCAGCGUGUAUCGAAGCCGUCAACGAAUGGGAGAUCGCCUUGCGGCUAGAAUCCUCGAUGUUCUCGGAUCAGAGGUGGUCAAGGACAUUGAUGUCGUGAUUCCUAUCCCCGAGACCUCCACCACAUCGGCCGCUGCGGUGGCCCGCUACCUGGACAAGCCUUAUUGCCAGGGGUUCGUCAAGAACCGAUAUGUCUUCCGGACGUUCAUCAUGCCGGAGCAAAAGACCCGGCAAAAAGGUGUUCGUCGCAAACUUAAUGCAAUGCAAGCCGAAUUCAAGGACCGAAAUGUUCUUUUAGUUGAUGACAGUAUUGUACGAGGGACAACCAGUCGAGAAAUUGUCACAAUGGCCAAGGAGGCUGGCGCCAAAAAGGUUUACUUCGCCAGUUGCGCUCCCGAGAUCACACAUGCUCAUAUUUAUGGAAUUGAUCUGGCAUCCCCGAACGAACUCGUGGCGCACAACCGUACUCCUGAAACUAUUGCGAAGCACAUCGGAGCCGACAGCGUCAUUUACCAGACCUUGUCUGAUCUAAAGGGCGCUUGUGCAGAAAUAGCCCAUGAAAACGGGCUGGAGGAACCCCAUGAUUUUGAGGUCGGCGUUUUCUGCGGCAAUUACAUCACCCCUGUUUCUGAAGGCUACUUCGGUCACUUGGAAAAGAUCCGAGGCGAAGGCCGCAAAAUUAAGGCCCUGGACAGGGCCAAGGAAGCCGUGACGCAUGGGGUCGCCAGCGAAACAGACUUCCAAAUGGCUGCAAAUGGUGUCAAGCUGGAUAACCAUGGCAAUAUUGUGCCCGCUAUGUCCCCCGGCGAAUCCGAGGUGCCACAAGUCAGUCUGUGCAGCACUCACCGGGAAGAACCGAAAGAAGAACAUCCCAAAGUGAGAGAUCGAAUGGAUAUUAGCAUCCAUAACAUUGCUGAUCACGAAUGA